CCGCGAUCGCUCGGCAGCCUCGACGAUUUAGUCGCCAUCCUCGCCAGGAACCACUACUUGCACGGUAAGUAGUGGUGUCCGAUUGGUAGCGAAAAAGCGAAGACCGUGCCCCCGGAGUCGCACGGGGCCCGCCGGCGAGCCGGACGGGAGAUAUGCGAAGCAAGCAGCAGCCGAGGCCUUCCUUCCGGUGGCCGCAGCAGCGCGGCGAUAACAUUCCCGGGGAGGGCGGCGCAGAAAGUACAGGACCCGGCACAGACCUCCAGGGUGAGGAAGGUGAUUGCGUGGAUGAGGAUGGUCCAGUCAGCCCGAGCGAGAGGGCUUGCAGCGGUGGUGGCCCAGCGGUUAAAGAGGACGAGGAUUGCGAGGCGAGUGACGAAGACGACGAGGAAGACGCCAAUCCACCAAAUUCGACGCCACCGGCAGUAAACGCGAGACUAAACCCCGUUGUUCUCAGAGAUUCCGGACCUCCUGACAGGGAGCCAAUGAGCCCACGGUGUCCAUCAAGAGACUCGCGGGAAUCAUCCGGCCCAGCGACUGGGAGCCCUCCACCGGCAGCGACUCGAAAUAGCUCGAGUCCAGUUAGCCCACCUGGCAAUAUCGUACCUUUGCCAUUGGGUGUUCACCCCCUUUUACCUCCACAGUCAGCAGCCAUGAUGGCAGCCUACCUUCAGCAGACGCAUCAGCGUCUCUUACUUGGACAUUCACCCCUGUCGCGAAGUUCGGUCUCUCCACUAGUGUCAUCCUCGUGUUCACCUCCCGCUGCGACUCCAGGGCUCCACGUAUCCCCAACGAGUGGUGAUACAUCUCCCAGUGCAACUCCCCUACCCGCUGUGCUUGACUUUAGCACACGUAAGGCCUCAUCGACGGAGGAGGAGGAAGAGGAACAGAUUUUAAAUUUGAGUAAGCCCCCUACGCCAUCUUCGUCGACGGAAACUAACAAUGGACCCUUGGAUCUCUCCGUGCCAAGCCGGAAGCGACCCGUCCCUGAGGACUCGCCCCCACCCCCGCGAAAGUCAUCGAGACUAUCCACGAGCACGCCCGUGCCAGCGCACCAAGAUGCACCUUCGAGUGCCUCGCCCUACUCACGUCAGGUUCUCUCACCAUGGACGUCACCCGUCACUUCGCACUUCCCUUACUUUGCCGCAGCAGUCGCGGCGGCUGCAACUAGUCAACAGCAAUUAUCGCCAAAGGGCGGUGUCGGUGUGGUCGAUCAUCAACUUUGGAAUGGUAAAAUGAAGCCACCAGCCCUUGAUAAGUCUUAUCAGCCAAGUGAAGCCACUAAGGCCUUGGAAAAGAUGAGCGAGUUAAGUAAGUUGAGUGGCGAAGACCUAUUUAGAUCUUCCUCAGCAUCGAGCGGAAACACGUCAGGUGGGCCAUCAGGCACUUCCGGUAGCAGACAGAGUGCUUGGCAGUCACAUUGGCUGAAUAAAGGAGCCGAUCAAGCAAAAGAUGUGCUUAAAUGCGUUUGGUGUAAGACGAGUUUCCCAACCUUGGCAGCAAUGACGACGCACAUGAAGGAAGCGAAGCAUUGUGGUGUAAAUAUGCCAGUUCCACCCCCUACUACUGGAAUGCAUUCUCAACCACCUCAUCAACCCUCGAUACCUCCAACGCCCCCUCAACCCCAUCCAACACAAACAUCUUCGAGUGCAAGUGGGAAUAAUAAUGCCACAUCAAACAGUAAGCAAAGUCCUUCGGAACUUAAUCUUCUGAUAAAAGAAACAAUGCCUCUACCAAGAAAGUUAGUGCGUGGUCAGGAUGUUUGGUUGGGUAAAGGUGCGGAACAGACGCGACAGAUUCUGAAAUGCAUGUGGUGUGGACAGAGCUUCCGAUCGUUGGCUGAAAUGACAUCGCAUAUGCAACAGACUCAGCACUACACGAACAUUAUCUCGCAAGAACAAAUUAUAUCUUGGAAGUCUUCAGAUGAUAACAAAGGCAGUAGUGGUGGCGCUGGAGGAGGAUCGAGUGGCAACAGUGGAAGUGGUGGUGGAAGUGGAAGUGGUAGCGGUAGUGGUGCUCCACCUAGUGUUGGUGGUUCCGGUCCUCAUGGUACGAGUGGAGGUCCUGGCGCUGGUGCAACUAGCAGUCAUGUAAGUGCUGUACUUACAUGUAAAGUCUGUGAUCAGGCCUUUAGUUCUUUGAAGGAGCUAAGUAAUCAUAUGGUUAAGAACAGUCAUUAUAAAGAACACAUUAUGCGCUCUAUAACUGAAAGUGGUGGACGAAGGCGACAAACACGUGAAAAGCGAAAAAAGUCACUACCAGUUAGAAAGCUCCUGGAACUUGAACGUGCGCAAAAUGAAUUCAAAAAUGGUGACACUGGGAUUGCUGCUCUCGCGCAUGGUCUCGGUAAACAUGCUGGUAGAAUUACUUGUGAAAAGUGUGGUGAAAAAAUUGAGACAAAUAUAUUCGUAGAGCACAUACGACAGUGCAUCGGUGCUGGUGCUCUGGGUAUCAAUCAACGGAACUUCUUGAAAAACGCCUUAAUGUCGAAUCAUUUAACUGGUACCUUACCCCCAACGGAAUCAGGACGGAAAAGCGUAAGCGAGGAGAUCUCGUCUCUUUCUUCCCGACACCACAGGUCACCAUCUUCAGCAAGUGAUGCAACAACACCUGGUAAAGAAACUCCCACAUUAACGCCAAAUGAAUCCAGUGGUGGAACUUCUUCUCCUUCCGUUCUUAAUGCUAUUGAAAAGUUGAUAGAGAAAAGCUUUGACUCACGUGUACGUCAUGGUGCUUCAGGCAUGCAUCAUGCACAGGCUGGUGCGCCUAUUGGUUCGAGUAUUCUUAAGCGACUGGGAAUCGAUGAAAGCGUUGACUACACAAAACCACUGGUAGAUCCUCAAACUAUGAAUCUCCUACGAUCAUAUCAACAGCAGCAUUUCAAUGCAGCGGCAGCGAGACGAGAACGAAGUGGGAGUGAAUCAAGUUCUAUAUCGGAAAGAGGAAGUGGACGAACGGACACAAUGACUCCAGAAAGAAGGAUAGAUCUUUCCAUUUCGGCGCAUGACAGACUUUCUGCCGCUUCUACGCACUCACAUCAUCAACGUUCAACUCCAGACAAACAGAUGACAACGUUGCCUACUCGCCUUCCUCCAACACAUGAUGAGUCCGAGGAAGAUGAAUCUGUGGUAGUUAAGAAAGAACCAAAAGACGAUGAGCCAGAAAAUCUAACAUCGAAUAACGAUAACGAACGACAAUCCGAAAGUCCGCGAGAAGUCAUGGUAAAAAAGGAGAUGGUUGAUGACGGACGUGAAGAAGAAGAGCCUGAAUCCUUCAACAAUCAUAGACGAAGUAGUAGCAGUAUAAGAGAACCGUCAGAGGAAAGAAAGGAUGUAUUAUCUCCACCAAUGAACCCUCCAACACCAAGAACUUUGAGUCAAGUUGAACAAUUAGGUCGCAGUCCUUGUAGGAACAGUACGAGCAGUCCAACGAGUAGUGACAGAUCGGUAACACCCCGAGGAACCCCGGAUACUAAAACGUCUAGCAGUCUAGGUGCGUUGUCUUCGAUGUUCGAUAGUCUAUCAGGUGGUGGUGGUACAUCAAACGCUAACGUAACGGAUGGACAAGGUCGAAAAACCAGCAGCCAUCCGCUGGCUGCUUUGCAAAAACUGUGUGAUAAAACCGAGACUCGGGGAUCGGGUGGAAGUGGUAGUAACAGAUCGGGGUCUAGUUCCACCACUACGCUUGGACCAAGCAGUGGUUCUGGCCCAGGAGCCUCAAGCAGUGGCUCAGGUCCUACACCUGGUGCAAUUCUCGCCUUUAGCUGGGCUUGCAGUGAUGCAGUUGUGACGUCUGACUCCCUCAUGAAGUGCGCAUUCUGUGAUACUCCGUUUAUCUCGAAAGGCGCAUAUAGGCAUCAUUUGUCCAAAAUGCAUUUCGUCAAAGAUGGCGUGAUCCCCGAUCCCGUGACUAUCGGUCGGUCAGCCACAGCAGCGGCAUCGGUCGGUUCGCAGCCAGCUUCUGGUGGGCCAAGCGCUCACAGCUCUUCAUCGCCACCCUCGUCCCAGAGAAACAAAUCACCACCUAUCCUUCAGGCAAACGGAAGCCCUUCUCAGCCAACGAGCUCACCGCUCGAGGAGAGUCCUCACUCAAAGUUUCUCAAGUAUACGGAGUUGGCCAAGCAACUGUCCAGCAAAUACGUAUAGUCCGAGCCCCGUAAGUAGCGGUGCCACUUGUACAUAAGUGUAUCUAUAUUGUAACGAAAUCUCUCGAGAAGUGUGGUUCAGAUUUUUUGGGGUGUAGUCCGCGUAUCAUUGAGCCAAUUGUUAACAAUGGACUUGUUUAGUUAUUUGAUUGGAAGAGAAAUUAUCUAAUGGUUCUGUAAAUUUAAACUGGUUAAAGUUUUGUGAGGUUUUUUUAUUAUUCAAAAUUUGAUAUUUUAACGUAACGUCAACAAAUCAUGUAUUCUACUGUAAUUCAAUAGAUAAAAAUGUUUAUGUGAACUCAUCCAAUCAUAGACCAUCAUUACCAGCCAAUAACCUUGACUCACAUGGUCAAACUAUCAGAAAUGUCUUUUGCUAAAGUUUUUUUGAAAAAUUAUGGCUGAUUUUUUUUUAUUCUUAAGCAAUAUGUUGCAUCUUAACGUCAAUACAUUUAUUUUUAAAAAACGCUCUAUACAAUGAAAAAUAUAAGUUGCAAAGCGAAACUUGAUGAUUGAAAUAAAAAUAAGAAGAAAAAAGCGUAAGCGUGAUACAUUGGUUCAAUGAUGCCGUGGCAGCACUAACGAACAAAACGAACAAAUAGCGAGCACAUGCAGGUGCACGCGCACGUUUCUUAUGGAGCGUGAAUUUUAACAAAUAGUUAGGAGAGAUGAGAUUGAAUUUCAUUGUGAUGCCACCAUAUCUCGCAGCACCGCUGAGUCACGGGGGCUCGGCGCGCGGCCAAGUAUGUGAUUUUAUAAUUAAUAUAAAAACAAAUACUUAAGAAUUAUUAAUUUCGCGUUGAAAGCGUUGAUGCUGCAAAAUGCGAGAGACUGCUGCAGGUGAUUUUUAGGAUUAACACGUUUUAAGAACUAAACUUUAAUCGAAACGUCGUCGUUGUCAUUGUGAUCGUUGUUCUCCGGAUCUUAUAAAACUGACUCGAGAUCGCCUUUUUGUACUUUAGAAUAGUUGAAAAUAAUAAAUCUUUCUGUGACGUUGGUCUGUCCGAACAUUUAUUUUCUCGAAUGACACUAAAAAUCUACAGUCACGCCAAAACUACGCGCAAUUAAAACCACCUUUAACUCAUGUAACGUAGUGGAAUUUAAAUUUCGCGUUUUCUGUAUCUCUUCAGUUUUACAAGACUCGCAGGCUUAACACACGCACACGAAUGCAUACGACCGUGAGCAUGUAUACCUUUAGACACUUAAGGCUGUAGCUGAUUAGGUAAGAAUCUAGCGUAGGAAUCGCCAUUGUAUAGGAAUCUCUUUGUUGAUAAUUAAAAGAAAGACGUAAAGACCAACGUGGUACUGGUCACCCACGCUGGUCUGCCCACGUUAUUUUUUUUUCUCCUUAACGCGGCCGACACAUUAUUAUAGUUUAAACAGAAAAUAACAAACAAAUAAACAAACAAAAUUAACGAGAGCGAGACUGCGCGGCAAGGAGAAAAAGCGAGCGUGAAAAGUGCGCGCACGACAUAUAGUGCAAUAUCGGAUUUCCUUACUAUCGUAAUUGUAACUGAUGAAUUCGUAACUCGCACUUGUGUAAUGCGUGUCUGAUGCAAUUUGGACGCGAACCUUGCGUUCUUAAAGACAUGACCGAGAAAAAUGAGCGCGAAUGCGUGCGAGUCAGUAUUAAAAAGGCAGCUCAAAUAGGAAAAAAAAAAAAAAAAAAAAAAAAA